AUGAGGCCCAUUGAGCCGGAAGUGUACUUGCAGAUCCACGUCUACGAGCCGUUUGUGAUGGUCUCGCGCACGCUCAACAAGGUCUACAUGCACGCCGUGUUGAGCAACGAGCGCGUGUACGUGACGGAGUACCUGCCGCUCCCGUCUGCUUUGGGAGCGUGUGUGAAAUCGUGCAAAAAGAAUUUAAUCAAAGACCUGCCAGACUUCCUGCGUGGAGAGCAGAGUCAGCAUAUACGAAUCAUCUACGUACAUGCCACCCCUCCUGCACACAUCAAGCAAGACGAGACCCUUGUCCCACCCAACACAGAGACCCUGGACGCCCCCCACCCCCUCACUAAGCAACAGAGGGUGGUCCAGGCGGUGAAGAAGGUUGGGAGGGCUCUCUCUCAUUGGCUAAACAGGGACCAUGUGACUGUGAGCAGGCGGGGGACGGAUGAGGAGGAGCAGGCGGAGCUCCAUCUCUUCACCAUCUCACACUCAUCCAAACUUGACCUCCAUCUGCACAGCUGCUGGAACAUGUUCAUCAUGGAACUGAACGCAGCCGUCCGCCGCCACGUGGCUCUGCCUGGCAUCUUCUGGAGGUGUGGGGAGAUGUGCGACUUCCUGGUGGAGUCUCUGGAGGAAUGUCUCUGUGGACGUCCCACAAUUGAUCAGCUACUGCUGAGCACUCUGAUCGUCCAAACGUUGGCCAUCAUGUUCCAAGAGACGGACACUGAAGCAGCCAGACUCAGCAUGCUCUCCACCAAAAAAGGUGCCCGGGCCUCCAGGAUACUGCUCGCCUUGGUCUGUGACCCAGAAGUGUCCUCACGGAACACAUCUCAGGUGAACCAGGCCAGACGACAUGUAAUUUAACUCAAAGUCCAAACAACUUUCUUAAAAGCUUCUUUCGGCGUGGAGGACACUUUCUGUAUGUCAGCUGGACGCUACAAGUCCUGCAGGACCAUCCUCACAUGCCGUCCUUUUCUCACCUCCCAGGCCUGUCAGGUGGCCCUGGUCGUGUCGGACCGCAGGAGUCCAUUGAGUCCGCUGCAAAGUGUCCUCCUGUUCCAACGCUGCCGCCUCCUGCUGGCCUUUCUGCAGCACAGACUGGCCCAGCACCUGCGGGCCCACGUCAUGGAGGAGUUCAGGUACUUUGUGAAACUGUCGUGUGUCCAAGAGAAGCUCCCCCCUCACUACCUCAUCAGCAGGACCACCCUCCACAUGCUGCAGGAGUUGGUGACCUUCAUCCUGCACACACUUCCUGCUUCUGACAGUCAACACAUGAAGAAGAUGGUGUCCAUGAUCAGCUAA